AUGAAAAGAAAAAGAAGAAGAACUGAAAAAUGGCAAAGAGAGGGGAUGGAGUUUAAAUUCACAUUGAGUGGGUUUGUGUCGAGCUUAAUAGUAAGUACCAUAUUGUUUUUAAAUUCAAUUGUGAUCUUAAACCAACAGCGUUUUCUAUCAAAGAUUGGCAUUCAAUAUGACGACGCAAAUAAAGACAACGAACAAAACAAAACAGUCAGAGGAAGACUCAGUUAUUUCUUUUAUAGAACACAAGAUUUGGCUAGGUACCCAUUAAUAUUCGUGAACGCGUGUGCCAUCGUGUUUUUGCUCAUCUUUGGUUAA